AUGGACGACGAUGCGAGCGUCUUUGAGAAGCUGCUCGAUGAGAUCUGCUACCGCCCGUCAGCCUCGACGAUCCCCGCCCACAUGGCCUCGUGCGUCGAGAGCUUUCAAGUCGCGCCGACGGUCAAGAAGACGGCCAAUCAGCUCCUGAGCACCGUGUCUCGCUGCCAGCAUCGAAUGAGCGCCAAGCACGUCCUCGAUCUCCUCGGCAUGUUCGUCGCUGCCGACGAUAGCUUUGCGACGGCGUUCGCCGAGCGCGUCGUUGCCCGUGCCAAGAGCUUCGUGCACCUUUUCCCGACGGCCCGGACAACGCUUGUGCGCAUGGUCGCUCUCGUGCUCGCGGCCCCGACCUUUGACACAGCCGGCCUCAACAGCCUCGUCCAGGCGCAGUGCAUCGUCCUCGAAGCCAACCGCGCGUUCCCCGAGACGCACGCGGCGCUGCACAAGGCCAUCGUGCCGCUCUGCAAGACCCGCCCCGAGAUCCGCGCCGCGUACGUUGCCCUCGCGACAGCGACGACGGGCGACGCCAAGUUCCUCCUCGCGCGUCUUCUCCUCAAGGCCUUUCUGCCGACGUUUUCGGCUGACGAGCGCGCGCUCUGGCUCGGCAGCUACGUCCACCAGGCGCUCGAAGCCAAGGUCCGCCCGACGCACGCCGACCUCGACGCGUACACGGCGCUGACGGCGACGCUGACGGCCCACGACUUUGAAGCGACGAUCUCGCCCGUGCUCUCGCGCAUGCUCAAGCGGUCCCCGGACUCACUUUUGGACGCGACCGUGGCCGUUGUCCGCGCGCUGCCGGCCAAGAUCGACCUCAGCGCGUACGUCGCUCCGAUCUUUGGCGCGCUCUUUCCCGCCAAGCUCAAGUCGGUCAAGGACGACGUGCGUGAAGCGUGCAUCCAGCUGCUCGCGGCCGUUAUUGCGCGCUGCAGUGACGCAGCGGCCGUCACGUCCAUCGUCACGGACCUCGUGGGCCUCCUCGACGGCAAGUUUGGCCUCUUGGCGCAGUUUUACAUGCGCGACGCGGUCUUCCAGAGCCUUUUGCAUGUCGCCUCGGCCGUCGGCAAGACGCUCGGGUCCACGGCCGCCCGCGCACUCGCGUCGGACCUCGUGCUCCCCGCCCUGCCCAAGGCCAUCGCCAAGGAAGCCAACGACGUCGUGCGCAACACGGCGCUCUGGACGCUCGGCCAGUGGCUCUCGCUGCACACGCCGUCGACGGCGGCCCUCUCGCCCGAGAUCCAAAAGCUCUUCGAGGCAGGCCUCGCGAGCAAGACGGAGGCCGUCGUCGUGGCAUACGCGCGGUCGCUCGUCGUCGUGUCGCGCACGCACCCCGAGAUCCUCGCGCCGCUUGCGCCGCGCCUCGCCAGCGUCGUCGCCGAAGCGCAGAAGAAGCCGAAUGUCGCGCACCUCGACGGUGUUCUGGCGCUCGUGGCGCUCACCAACGUUGGCCUGUCCGCGCCCGAGGUCCACGACGUGAACGCGAUCUUGUCGCCGACCACGUUCUUCAAGACGUCGGUGGUGCUCCUCGGCCACCAGCUGCAGCUCGGUGCGAGCCUUGAGUCGCCCGAAGAGACGGCCCUUAAAGCUGUAGGCGAGGCGCUCGUUCGCGUCUGGCGCGAGGUGCCACAAUCGGACGAGAUUUCGAGCAUGUCGCUGCUCGUGGGUCUUUUGCACCACCGCGUCGCCAGCGUGCGUGACCACUGCGAGAAGCAUGUGCGUGCGCUCGUCGCGGACCAGCUCUGGACGGCGCUGCCGCUUCUGGAGGCGUUUGCGCAGGCGCUUUUGACGCUGACGCCGUGGUCGGCCAAGCACGCGACCGACGACGCCGACGCGACCGUCUACAACGCGCCGUCGACGCAGUCGUCGCUCGCGGGUAUCCUUCGCCGCAACCUGCGCGCGAUCGUGCCAGCGCGCCUCCUGCCGGCGACGCACGAGUCGGAGAUUGUCGCACUCUUCCCGCGCCUUCUCGUUCUCGCCCACCACCCGCUCGUCGUGCACGGCGCGCGCAAGGACGCAUUUGCGAGCGAGUGGACGCGCCUCAAGGCCCGCUUCGUCUCGGAAGACGACCUCGCGCCGCCGGCCGCCAAGGCGCCCAAGGACCAAAGCGACGAGGACGAGGACGACGAGGAUGACGAGGAUGAGAUGGUGCCGACGGUGCACGACCACGUCGACGACCUCUUUUACUCGGUGCCGGGUCUUACGGACGCGACGGUCGCGUACCUGCAGUCCAAGCUCUACGCUGCGUCGCGCCUCGAGCGUGUGAGCGCCCAGCGCGCCCUUGUGACGCUUCUUGAGUUUGCUGGCAACGGCAUGGGCGAGGCGCUCGUCUUGAGCAACCUCAUCCAGUCGCACGUGGCCACGAUGCUCGAGACCCCUGCGAUUGCCAACGUCUCUGACGACGACGUCGACAUCUACUGCACGCCGGACGACACGCUGUACACGAAGGCCAAGAAGAAGGCCGACGACGUGCCUCGUCACCGCGGCCGCGGCACCGAGGACGAGCGCUGGGAAGCGCAGGUCCGCGAAGAGCUCGCGCGGAAGCGGGCCGCCGACCCGAACGCGACGGCCAAGAAGGUCAAGUACACCAAGGAAGAGCUCGAGACGCUUCAGCAGCAAAAGGAGCUGCGCGGCCGCUUGCGCGAGGCCAAGCACCUCGUCGCGUGCACGGACGAGCUCCUCGCGUUUGUCGCGCGCACAACACCCGAGGCGUUCCAGCCUGCGCUGCCGCACUUGGUGGCGCCGAUCCUGGCGCUGCUGCCGAGCCCAAUGUUUGCGGACUUUGCUUUCCGCGGCCUCACGCACCUCGGCAAGUGCGUCAUGCCCAUGAACCUCCGCGCGCACGCGUCCGAACUCGCGUCGGCCUUGCACAUUGCGCACGGUAUCACGCCCGAGACGGCCAACCAGCUCAACGAAAACAUGCCGCUCUUUGAGCGCCUCUUUGGCUUGCUCUCGACCAACGUCUUUGGCUCGGUGCUCGAAUCCGAGGACGAAGUCGACUUGGCGGACGAGUACCAUUUGCUGACGCCGUCGACGCUGCACAUGGUGUUCCCGAUCCUCCGGACGUUCUUGGAGUAUUCGAUGGCGUGCCGGCAGUUUGUGCUGCCGCUCUUUGCUGUUCACGCCAAGAUGAUCAGCCAGGAAGAGGAGCUCGAGGUCGGCGACAUGGCGGCCCAGCGCUUGCUGCGCAAGAGCAUGCUUGCGGUCACGCUCGCGUGGAUCGAGCACGACAUCAAGGAAGAGAUCCCGGCGUCGGAGAACCUCUCGCCGGACGUUGUCUUGCAGCAGAUCUGCGCCGGCGCACCCUUGUCGUUGGACGAGUGGGCACCGAUCGUCGGCGACCACGGCUUGCUCUCGACGCUUGUGCAGGCUCGCCGUGCGUGCCUCAAGGCGACGCUCGCCAUGGUCGAAGCGCAAUACGACGACGACGAAGAUGAGGACGAGGACGCCGAGAACGCCAAGGCGACGUUGAUUGCGUCGACGCCGAUGCUCUCGACGAUUCUGUUUGUCGCUCGUUUUGACAACGACGCAGAGAACAAGACGCUGGCCGAAGCCAUUUGGCCGCUCUCAGACGCAGCGCUCACCAAGGAAACGGUCAUGGGACCCAUCCUGUUGCCGCUGCUUCGCCAUGCGCACGCCAACGUCCGCGACGCGGCCGCUGCGGCGUUGGCCACUGGCAUGAAGCAGUUUCCCGACACGAUCGCGCCGACGCUUAAGGGCAUCCAGUCGGCCUUCUUGCAGCACGUCCCGGCCAAGGGCGACGCCGAGGCCACGCUUGAUGCGUUUGGCGCCCCUGUCGUGCGCCGCCACAACGACAUGGAGGCGGACGAAAGCAUGUCGACGGUUUUGCCGCGCCUCGGCGCCGGUGCGUGCAUGGAGCACUGCGCCAAGACAGAGAUCCUCUCGCGCGAGCACGUCAUGAGCUGCGUCCAGUUCAUCCUCUCGUUUGGCCUCGGCGACAUGCACCACAGCGUCCGCGCGUCCAUGCGCAAGGCCGGUGUCCAGAUGAUGGACUCGUACGGUGCUGUGUACACCAACGGCCUUCUCACGCUCCUCGAAGCGCGCAUUGAAGUGCCGGCGGCGAAUGCGUCGCCCAAGGAGCUCGAGGCGUACGACCACAAGCGCGAAGGCGUCGUCGUCUGCCUCGGGUCGCUCGCCAAGCACAUGGACAAGGCCGACCCGAAGGUCUCGUCGAUCGUGCACCAGCUGCUCGCGUCGCUCUCGAUCCCGUCCGAGGCCGUCCAGCGCGCGAUUGCGACGUGCUUGUCGCCGCUCAUGCUCGCGGUCAAGGACGAAAGUCCGUUGAUCCUUGACGACCUUCUCACGAAGGCGACGACGGGCGAGACGUUUGGUGACCGCAUGGGUGCCGCGUUCGGUGUUUCGGCCGUUGUCAAGGGCCUUGGUAUCGCCGCGCUCAAGCAGCAUCUGGUCAUUCCGCGCCUCGAAGAAGCGAUGAAGAUCUCCAACCCGAACGCUCGCCAAGGCGCCUUGUCCGUCAUGGAGUGCCUCUGCGAGCGCCUCGGCUUCCUCUUUGAGCCGUAUGUGAUUGUGAUCCUUCCGAUCCUCCUCAAGUCGUUUGCGGACACGAGUGCGGCCGUGCGCGAGGCCGCGAGCGGCACGUCCAAGGGUAUCAUGCGCAACCUCUCGGCGCACGGCGUCAAGCUCAUUCUGCCUUCGAUCUUGCGCGCUGUCGACGAUCCGGCGUGGCGAACCAAGCAGGCUGCCAUCCAGCUUCUCGGCGCCAUGGCGUCGUGCGCGCCCAAGCCGCUGGGUUCGUGCUUGCCGCAGAUCAUCCCGAAGCUCACGGCGUCGCUCUCGGACUCGCACCCGCGUGUCAAGGAGGCUGGCCACGCGGCGCUCAUUGACAUUGCGCAUGUCGUGCGCAACCCCGAAAUUGCCUCGAUCGCCUCCAUUUUGCUCGCCGGUUUGCAGGACCCGAACCGCAAGACGACGGACGCGAUGCAGGCGCUCCAGUCGAUGAAGUUUGUGCACUCGAUCGACGCGCCGUCGCUUGCGCUUGUGAUGCCCGUGCUCCAGCGCGGCUUGACGGACCGCGUCUCGGAGACGAAGAAGAAGGCUGCGCUCAUCGUUGGCAACAUGUGCUCGAUGGUCAACGACGCCAAGGACCUCGCGCCGUACCUCGACACGAUCGCACCCUGCCUCCAGACGCAGCUGCUCGACCCGAUUCCCGAGGUCCGCACGGUCGCGUCCAAGGCGCUUGGUAUGCUCGUCAAGGGCCUCGGUCAGAGCCACUUCCCGCACCUCGUGCCGUCGCUGCUGCAAGCCAUCAAGUCGGAAUCGUCGUCUGUCGAGCGGUCGGGUUCGGCCCAGGGUCUCUGCGAGGUGCUCGUCAACCUUGGCCCGGAUGCGCUCGACCAUGGUCUGCGCGACGAAAUCCUUCCGAUCGCGCGCCACCCCAAGGCCGCGGUCCGCGAAGGUGUCCUCUGGGUGCUGGCGUUCCUCCCGCCGGCGCUUGGCAAGGGCUUCUCCAAGUACCUUGGCAAGGCGCUCCCGAUGAUUGUGUCGGGUCUCUCGGACGAGUCGGAAGGUGUCCGCGACGUAGCGAUGCACGCAGGUUCGAUUGUCGUCAACGCCCACGCGCUUUCCAACACGAAGGACAUUUUGCCUGCGCUUGAGGCUGGUAUCUUUGACGACAACUGGCGCAUUCGUCAGUCGUCGAUCUCGCUCCUCGGCGACUUGUUGUACCGCGUCAGUGGCACGAAGGCGGUCGUCAUGUCGGCCAACGACGACGACGAUGGCGCCGAUGCAGGCAGCGCCGCUGGCGAGAAGGCGAUGCUCAAGAUCCUCAGCAAGCCGCGCCGGGACGCGGUCCUCGCUGCGCUUUACAUGGUGCGCUCGGAUACGUCGGCCGUCGUGCGCCAGAGCGCCCUCCAGGUGUGGAAGAGCGUCGUCUCCAACACACCCAAGACGCUGCGCUCGAUCCUCGAGACGCUCAUGCUCCUCAUCGUGCAAGCGCUCUCGGGCAAGAACGUCGAGAAGCAGACCGUCGCUGGUCGCACGCUCGGCGAAAUCGUGCGCAAGCUUGGCGAGCGUGUCAUGCCCGAGGUCGUCCCGAUCCUGCGCGCGGGCCUCGACCCGAUGAACCCCGCCGGCAUGCGCCAGGGCGUCUGCCUCGGCCUCGCCGAGGUCAUCCAGUGCUCGCCCAAGAAGCAGCUCGAAGAUUUCGUCGAGACGCUUGUUGUUGCACUCGAAGACGCACUUUGUGACGCGCUGCCCGAGGUCCGCCGCGCGGCCGGUGGUGCGUUCGAUGUCUUCCACAAGAGCAUGGGCUACCGCUCGAUUGACGAACUCAUCCCGCGUCUCCUCAAGCGCAUUACGUCGGUGGACGACCUCGUCCAGGAGCGCGCGCUUGCUGGUCUCCAGGAAGUGCUCAAGGUCAAGUCGCGUGAGGUGCUUCCGUACCUCGUGCCGCGCCUUCUUACGACGCCGAUGGCCUUGUCCAACGUCCAAGCGAUCGCGCACAUUGCGUCGGUCUCGGGUGCGGUGCUGCACUACCACAUGGAUCGCAUUCUCCAGGUGCUCUUCAACGAAUACGUUUCCGUCGUCACGAGCCGCCCGAACGACGAGAUGGCGGCAGCGAUCCAGCACUCGGUGCGUGCGGUCGCGCUGAGUGUCGAGGCCGCUGGCGUCCAGUGGCUCGCGGCCGAGAUUUGCAAGUACUGCGAGGCCGACAUUGCUGAGACGCGGUACCUUGCGUGCUGGCUCAUUGCCGCCUUUUGCCAGUCGGCGACCGUCUCGUACGACGAACAAGUCCCGAUCUUCCUCAAGUACGUCCUCGCGCGCUUCAACGACAGCGAUGCCUCGGUCGUCGAGGCCGCGCUCUUGGCGUUCAGCAGCCUCAACACGACGAUCCGGCCCGAUGAGCUCGCCAAGCACAUCGACUUUAUCCGCAACAACCUCAGCUCGAUUGUCAGUGACGCGCGCCAUCGCAAGGGCGGUGUUGGUGCCACGGGCCUUUUCAUCUUGCCGGCGCUUGCGCUGCCCAAGGGCCUCGACCCGUUCCUGCCGGCGUACCAGCACGCGCUCAUGAACGGUACACCCGAAGCGCGCCAAAGCGCUGCGGCAGGUCUCGGCGAGCUUGUGCAGCUGGCGUCGCCCGCGUGCCUCAAGAGCGUCCUUAUCAAGAUCACGGGCCCGCUCAUCCGUAUCGCUGGCGACCGCUUCCCGGGCCACGUCAAGGCUGCGAUCCUCUCGACGCUCGAAAUUUUGCUCGUCAAGGGCGGUGUCGCGCUGAAGCCGUUCUUGCCGCAGCUCCAGACGACGUUUGUCAAGGCGCUCAACGAUACGAGCGCGUCCGUGCGCGCGUGCGGUGGCUCGGCCCUCGUCCACCUCGUUGCUCUCUCGCCGCGCAUUGACCCGCUCAUUGCCGAGCUCACGGACAAGGUUGCUUCGACGACGGGCGGCGUCCAGGAGGCCAACCUCGACGCGCUCGUUGCGAUCCUCACCCGCGUCGGCGCCAAGGUCUCGGCGUCGGCUGUGCUCGCGGUGGAGGACGCCCUUCGCGGCCUUCUCAUCACGGACGACGACCUCCUCCGUGUGCGUGCGAGCAACGGCCUUGCCCUCGCGCUCUCGCUCGGCAGCGAAGAACACGGUGUCGCGAUGGUCGAGGAGCUCGUGCAACCGUCGACGGAGCUCUGGACGCUUCGCCACUCGUCGGCGCUGGUUGCGUCAGGCUUGCUCAGCCUUUCGCCGGUGCCGACGUGGGUUGCCAACACGCUUGCGGCGCCGGUCGUCCCGACGCUCGUGGCGCUCGCCCGUGACGAGAACCCGCUCGUCAAGUCGUCGAGCCUCACGGCGCUUGGUCUUGCGGUCAAGGUCGACGCGGCGCUUGUGUCGGCGGACGUUGUCCAGGCGCUCGUUGUGGGCCUCACGGACGCUGUCAACAAGGAUGUCAACCGUACGGCGCUGCGCGUCGUCAAGCGCAUGGCCAAGGUCGCCCCGAAGCGUGUGCGCCAGCACCUGGCUGCGCUCGUGCCGCCGAUUUUUGCGCUCAUCAAGAGCCCCAACAUCAACAUCAAGCUCGGCGCCGAGCGCGCGCUCUUGUACGUGCUCGAGGUCGCGACGCGUCCCGAGACGCUUGUCGAGUAUUGUGCGAGCGCCGAGCAAGGCAAGCUCCUCGCCGAGUACGGUCGCCGUGUGCUCUCCAAGCUCAAGGUCAACGAGGACGACAGCGAUGACGAAGGCGCGAAGUAG